AUGGCACGGAGCAACGGGGUGGUGAAGGAGAAGGAGAAAGAGAAGGGGAAUGGCCACGCCGUGGCCUCAGUAAAUGGGCACGCACGGCCCAACGGCACGGUUGUAGAAAAGGAGGACAUUUACGAGGAGGAGAACAUCUUCCUCUUCAUCCCGAACAUCAUCGGCUACGUCCGCAUCGUCACGGCGCUAGCAUCGCUCUACUACAUGCCCCUACACCCGCGCACCUGCUCCGCGCUGUACAGUUUCUCCUGCAUCCUCGACGCCGCCGACGGGCUGGCCGCGCGGCGGUACAACCAGUCCACGACCUUCGGGGCCGUGCUGGACAUGGUGACGGACCGGUGCACGACGUCGUGUUUACUCGUGUUCCUGGCCUCGGCGUUCCCGAGGUGGUCGAUCGUGUUCCAGGGCCUGAUCAGUCUCGACCUGGCCAGCCAUUAUGUGCACAUGUACGCGUCCCUGACGACGGGUGGCCAAAGCCACAAGAAGGUCGAGGCCAGUCGAAGUUGGGUGUUGCACCUAUAUUACACGAACAAGACCGUCCUCUUCCUGUUCUGCGCCCUGAACGAACUCUUCUUCAUCGCGUUGUACCUCCUCUCCUUCUCAUCGCCGCUCCUUUCCCCUUCCCUCCUCGUCACCAGCGACAAGGGAGGCAGCACCGCAACAUCCGCGCAACCGGGCUCGCCGGCCCACCCGAGACCGAGCGCGAUCUUCGUGAACCCCUGGAGCGCGGGAGCCAUGGAGAUGGCCCGCGCCAAUAAAAUGGACAGCACCGUGCCGUGGAUCCUGGCCGGCCUCAGCGCCCCGGUCAUGUUCGGCAAGCAGGUCAUCAAUGUGAUUCAGCUGGUCAAGGCGAGUAAAUUGUUGGGGGAGGUGGAUGUUGCGGCAAGGAGGAGGGCCGGGAUUGCACAAAAGAAGAAGAGAGCGUGA